CAUUUGGAUUAACUCUGCAAUGUGCAACUGCGCAUUGUGCCCAUUCCUGAACUCAGAAAAUUGCCCAUAUGACGUAAAAGACGUGCAAACUGCAGACCAUGGGGCAUAUCAGUCUGCAUUGUUUUUGACGCUGGUUACCAAACCAUGCCUAGCAAGCACCAGCUGUGAACUGGCUGUGGUUAGCGAUCGAUACCUGGAAUUUUGGAGUCGCGGUUUGGGGAAAAGCACUUAGUAUCCAUUACGUUCUUGGCAUCCAGAAGUCACUUAUUAGCACCAGUUUGAGGUUAAAGUUCCUGACUACGCAAUUAAAAGCUUGUACAAUGGAAGGCAACGGAGACAACAUGCCAAUGGCUACCGCAAGAAACUCGGAUGAUAUUUGCAUCGAUCGGGAUACUGGUAGUCCGAUGCGAGUGCGCCGAAGCGGGGUGGCUUAUGAAAUUCUGCUGGAUGGUGAAGCACGGGGCAGUCCGGGAAAGUCGUUGGGGUCGCCAGUUGCUCGACGCGUCGGGGAUGUUGCGGAGCAGCCUGCAGCGCCGCCGCUGACCGCCGAGCAGCUCAAUGAAAAACUCGUGGCUGCUGAAGCCCGUCGUGAGGCUGCGAUAAAUGAGCUUCGCAAUCGCUGUUUGGAACACAACGUGGGCAGGGUGCAGCAGGCCAUUCAGAAGCGAAGUUUGGCGGAGAAACAGCAGGCUGACGAACUGAAGGAGUCCAUCGACAAAGAACUGGAACAAGCGCGUGCCAAUGUGGAGGCCCGACGUUUGGCACAGCUGGAGAAAUUGAAGCAGCAGGAAAAUCAUCAUCGUGAAAUCCAGAAUCGACAGAAUAUGGAAUUCGAGGAGCGUUUGCGCCAGAUGGAUACCAAGUAUUCCGAGAUCAACGGCAACCGCGAUCGUAUUCUGCAGGAAAUUGUGGAAAAGUUGAAGGAGCAUAAUGAGCGCGUACAAGAAGUCCACGAAAAAAUGGUGGCCGCUCAGAGCUCAAUGCCGGAUGGAUCGACGGAGACGGUCAGCGAGGAACAACGCCAGUGGAUUAACGCUGCCAACGAGCGGGAUGAGUACAUUCGCGGAGCUAAAGAACGCAUGCGUCAAGCGAAUUUCGAUCUGGACACGGAGAAUGUGGUUGUCGCUCAGGAUCAACGCCAUCAGUGAUGCUGUGUUUGGCCACUUACGCUCUGCAAGAUAUUUGUGGGAUGAUGUUGACGAAUUAUUACUGCUUAAAACAUUCAUAUGCCUUGAAAUAUUUGUUCGGUUUUCAUUCAUUCAUGUGCCUUGAAAUAUUUUUUCGGUUUUAGCGUUUUCUAUUUUUUUGCGUGCCAGAAAUUUUGUACUGAUAUGCGACGGCAUGGGUUCUGGGAGUUUUCUACGAUAAUUUGAUCGUCCUUGCUCAGUAUUGGCCACAUUUUAAUUAAAUUGAUUUUUAUUUGAUGGUAUGGAAUUGAAUACUAGGAUUAAAGUUGAGAUCUCAGUGA